AACAGAUAUACACGUUCUCUAAUUAUCACGCAACUGAAAAAGAGCCACAGAACAUGAAGGAGGUUGUCGUUGAUGUUGCGCCAAAGUGCAUCAAGGGCCUUGAGUUCAGUGCUUUGUCUGCCAAAGACAUCAUUGCACAAUCUGAGGUUGAGGUUCUUACUCGAGAUUUGUAUGACUUAGAAAAAGGUCGUACAGCCAAGACUGGGGGUGCCCUCGAUACUAAGAUGGGUAUCUCAUCGAACGCCAGUGAGUGUGCUACCUGUCAUGGGAACUUGGCCUCUUGUCACGGUCAUUUCGGUCACGUAAGAUUGGCCUUGCCAGUUUUCCAUGUGGGUUAUUUUAAAUCGAUUAUUCUGGUUCUUCAAUCUAUUUGUAAGAAUUGUUCAGCUGUCUUAUUGGAUGAACCAACCAAACGUCAAUUUUUGAUUGAUUUAAGAAGACCAAAUAUUGAUAAUUUGAGACGUAUGAAGAUCUUGAAGAAAGUGGUUGAUCAAUGUAAGAAACAAAGAAGAUGUUUACGUUGUAAUCACGUUAAUGGUGUGGUGAAGAAGGCCGCCAGUGGUGCUGGUCCUGCUGCCUUGAAGAUUGUGCACGACACUUUCCGUUGGAUAGGUAAGAAAUCUUGUCCUGAAAAGGAAUUAUGGGAUAAAGAAUUUGAUGGUGUAUUUGCUAGAAACCCUGAAUUGGAAAAGUUUGCCAAGAGAGUUCAUGAUGAUUUGAACCCUCUUAAAGUGUUGAACUUAUUCAAACAGAUCACUCCUCUGGAUUGUGAGUUCUUUGGACUUGAUCCUUCAAGAGGGGGUAGACCAGAAACAUAUAUCUGGAGAUAUUUACCAGCUCCUCCAGUUUGUAUUCGUCCAUCGGUUAUGAUGGAUGCCCAGUCCAACGAAGAUGAUUUGACGGUCAAGAUUACUGAAAUUGUGUGGACUUCAUCCCUUAUUAAAGCCGGGAUCGAAAAGGGUAUUUCCAUCAACAACUUGAUGGAACAAUGGGAUUACCUUCAACUUUCAGUUGCCAUGUAUAUUAAUUCUGACUCUGCAAACCCGGCUCUUUUACCAUCUGCCGGUGGUGGAGGUGGGUCUAAGUCUGCCAAACCAAUUAGAGGGUUCUGUCAAAGAUUGAAGGGUAAACAAGGUCGUUUCAGAGGUAAUUUGUCAGGUAAGAGAGUGGAUUUUUCAGGUCGUACAGUUAUUUCUCCAGAUCCUAAUUUAAAAAUUGACGAAGUUGCUGUUCCAGAUAGAGUUGCUAAAGUGUUGACAUAUCCGGAGAAGUGUACCCGUUACAAUAGAAAGAAACUUCAACAACUUAUUGUGAAUGGUCCACUUGUUCAUCCUGGUGCCAAUUAUGUUAUGAAGCAAGACGAAUUAGCCAAACGUAAUUUGCGUUAUGGUGAUAGAGUUAAAUUAGCAAAGAACUUGCGAGUUGGUGAUGUCGUGGAAAGACAUAUAGAAGAUGGUGAUGUUGUAUUGUUUAACAGACAACCUUCUUUGCAUAGAUUGUCUAUUUUGUCACAUUAUGCCAAAAUUAGACCUUGGCGUACAUUUAGACUUAAUGAAUGUGUUUGUACUCCAUAUAAUGCCGAUUUCGAUGGUGAUGAAAUGAAUUUACAUGUCCCACAAACCGAAGAAGCUCGUGCUGAAGCCAUCAACUUGAUGGGGGUUAAAAACAACUUGUUAACUCCAAAAUCUGGUGAACCAAUUAUUGCAGCUACCCAAGAUUUCAUUACUGGUUCGUAUUUGAUUUCUCACAAGGACACGUUUUUCGAUAGAGCUACGCUUGUUCAAUUACUUUGCAUGAUGUCUGAUGCUGAUACUCAGUUUGACAUUCCACCGCCAUCCAUCUUUAAACCAGUCAUGCUUUGGACUGGUAAACAAGUAUUCUCGCUUUUGAUUAAGCCUAAUAGAAAGAGUAAAGUUGUCAUUAAUGUGGAUGCUAAGAAUAAGACAUAUAUUCCUCCAGCAAAGGGUCUUCCUAAUGAAAUGUCUCCAAACGAUGGGUUUGUUGUCAUCCGUGGUUCUCAAAUUUUGAGUGGUGUUAUGGAUAAGUCAACAUUGGGUGAUGGUAAGAAGCAUUCCGUCUUUUACACAAUUUUGAGAGAUUAUGGCCCUGAAGAAGCUGCAACUGCCAUGAAUAGAAUGGCCAAGUUAUGUGCCCGUUAUUUGGGUAACCGUGGGUUCUCAAUUGGUAUCAAUGAUGUGACUCCAGGGGCAGACUUGAAGAAUAAGAAGGAAAUGAUGGUAGAACAAGCAUACGCCAAGUGUGACGAAUUAAUUGAUCAAUUCAAAAAGGGUAAGUUGGAAACACAACCUGGUUGUAAUGAGGAACAAACCUUAGAAGCCAAGAUUGGUGGUCUUUUGUCCAAGGUUAGAGAAGAAGUCGGUGAUGUUUGUAUUAGAGAGUUAGAUUCUGCCAACGCACCAUUGAUUAUGGCUACAUGUGGUUCCAAGGGUUCCACAUUAAAUGUGUCGCAAAUGGUGGCGGUUGUCGGUCAACAAAUUAUUGCUGGUAAUCGUGUUCCUGAUGGGUUCCAAGAUAGAUCUCUUCCACAUUUCGUCAAAAACUCCAAGACUCCUCAAUCCAAGGGUUUCGUUCGUAAUUCUUUCUAUUCCGGUUUAACUCCACCAGAAUUCCUUUUCCACGCCAUUUCUGGUAGAGAAGGUUUGGUCGAUACCGCUGUCAAGACUGCCGAAACCGGUUAUAUGUCUCGUAGAUUGAUGAAAUCCUUGGAAGAUUUGUCAGCACAAUAUGAUAACACUGUUCGUAACUCGUCCAAUGGUAUUGUUCAAUUUACUUAUGGUGGUGAUGGUUUGGAUCCAUUUGAUAUGGAAGGUGAUGCCCGUCCGGUCAACUUUAUUCGUCAAUGGGAUCAUGCUUUCAACAUUAGUUUUGAUGUCAAUGAAAAGGGUCUCUAUCCAUUUGAGAUUAUUGAAUUAGUUGACACCGUGUUACAUCCAUUAGAAGACAGAUUGGUUAGAUUAGAUAACCUUGGAAAUGUUUUGGAAGGUGAAGAUAAGAAUAAACAAGAAUUUGCUGAUCAAAUGGACGCCGAGAGAGAUUUCUAUCAAUCUAUUAGAGAUUUCACUACUAAUAAGGCCAUUCAAUUAGCCGAAAUCAGAGAAAGAAAGGGAUUAAAGACAUACUUUGAAAAAGUGCCAAUUGUGGAAGACUCACCAACUGAAUUAAUUGCUGUCAACCAAUUAUUGAAGAUUUCUGCAUUAUCCGUGCAGAAAUUUUUAGAACAAUGUAUAUACAAGUAUAGUCGUGCCAAGGUCGAACCAGGUACUGCUGUGGGUGCAAUUGGUGCUCAAUCUAUUGGUGAACCAGGUACCCAGAUGACGUUGAAGACUUUCCAUUUUGCUGGUGUCGCGUCGAUGAAUGUGACAUUGGGUGUUCCCCGUAUUAAGGAAAUUAUUAACGCUUCUAAGGUCAUUUCUACUCCUAUUAUUAAAUCCGUGUUAGUUAACGAUGAUGAUGUUAUUGCUGCCCGUGUGGUUAAGGGUAGAAUCGAAAAGACUUUACUUGAAGACGUUGCUUUCUACGUGCAAGACGUUUACAAGAAUAAUAUGGCAUAUUUGACCAUUAAGGUUGAUUUAAAGACAAUUGAAAGACUUCAAUUGGAACUUACCAUUGAAGGCAUAGCGCAUGCCCUUUGUAAGGCUCCUAAGUUGAAGAUCUUGGCUGGUGAUGUUUCCAUUAGUGGUAGAGACAAGAUUAAUGUUCUUGUUACUCUUCGUGAGUCCAAGACUGAAAACUUGAUGAAGAAUAUUUCAUCUGACUACAAGACAGGUUCAGACACAGCUAACCUGCUCUUCUUCCGUAUGCAACAAUUGAAGAGAGCUUUACCACGUGUGGUUAUUAAGGGUUUGCCUAACAUUGCUCGUGCGGUCAUCAAUAUUAGAGAUGAUAACAAGAAGGAAUUGCUUGUUGAAGGUUACGGGCUUAAGGAGGUUAUGAGUACAGAUGGUAUUGUUGGUACAAAGACCAAGACUAAUCAUGUUUUGGAAGUGUUUGAAGUUCUUGGUAUUGAAGCUGCCAGAUCUUCGAUUAUUGGUGAAAUUGACUAUACCAUGAGUAGUCACGGUAUGAGUGUCGAUCCUCGUCAUAUUCAACUUUUGGGUGAUGUCAUGUCAUACAAGGGUGAAGUGCUCGGUAUUACUAGAUUUGGUUUGAGUAAAAUGAGAGAUUCUGUCUUGCAACUUGCUUCUUUCGAAAAGACUACUGAUCAUUUGUUUGAUGCCGCAUUUUUCAUGAAGAAUGAUAAGGUUGAAGGUGUUUCCGAAUGUAUCAUUUUAGGUCAAACUAUGAGUAUCGGAACUGGUGCAUUCAAGCUUGUAAAGACAUCUCACUUUGAAAAGAAUGCUUUGGACAUGAAGCCAACAUUAUUUGAAGGACUUUGUGCCGCAUAAGAAGGUGUUGAGAAGUAAUAUUUAAAAG